AUGCACCGCUUUCCCGCAGCCUCCGCUCUCUGUCAACUCGCCGGCAAAUCCAACUUCGAACUAUGGCUCUCGGCGAUCAAACCAUACCUGUUCUCCGACCCCGAGUCAACCGGUCUGAUCCUCGGUGGUUGGACGGAGCCAAAAGCGAGGAACGACUCUGCAGAAACAGCUUGGACACGCGAGCGCUGGGUCAUGGCAAACACCGAUACCUGCCGGUUCAUUAGAGGUACCUUAGCCAUGAAUGUCAUUCCUCAUGUCCGCCAGCACGAUACUGCCAGAGGUCUUUGGCAUAAUCUGCUGUGGCUGUAUGGUGAGGAAGCGGGGAUCGAUACGCAGGGUGGACCGCCUGUGCCUGUAGGGGGUGAAAAUGUGCGUGGCUCUCGGAGAGGAAGUAGCGGUGGUGGGAGAGCGAAACUCCUGGCGGCGAUGGGGAAGAAGAGGGCUUCAAUUGAUGUCAAUCUCGAUCUCGAAAUCGGAGGUUAUGGUGGCAAGGUUGUGUCGCCCAUUCGUUCGCCGCCGCUUAUGCCGGUGAUCAAGGCUAGCGGAUCAAACCCUUCGUCUCAUUCGUUCGGACCAUUUCUCGAGGUUCCAUCUGUCGACGGCCCUGGAGAUGAAGACGAAGAGGACUAUCAGGAGGAAGAUGGGUUUGAAGACGAAAUCGCCGAGGUCCCUUCCCAUUUCAUAUUGGCCUACAACACUCAAAGCCAAAUCAAUGAUGGUCCCGCCGCUGCCGCAUCCGCAAGGACAACGAUUUCUUCGACCGCGCCCAGACACUUCAGCAUUGAUAAAGGCAUGAGCGACGAACCCGACAACAGCAGUACCUCUCAGAAUCCACGGCACAACAGAGUCCGAACUUCUCCCAGCGCCAGCCUCGACACCAUCGAAGAAGAAUCCCAUCAUGACCCACACCCGGGACGCCGCGUCGAUCUAUCCGACAGCUCCGUGUUCGUCCGGCGCCGAUCCAUCUUCAACCCGCUUCCAUAUCUGACCAGGGAGGAACGGAGCACCGGCGACUCAGACGGCGCGGACAUGUUCGACGGCGACCGCGCGAGCACACGGAAAAAACGCGGCAGCAUUGUCUUCCAGCGCUGGUUCAAUGCCAGUAAACGGGGUGCUGCGGGUGAUGGAAGCAGGCGUGAUAAGAUGUCGCUUUCGAGUCCGGUUCUUUUGCGUCGUCUGAAUGUAGUUGACUCGGGGGAUGGUAGGAGGGAGAGGGUCGCGGAUUGGAAGGGCAAAGGAAAGGCAGUUCAGGUUUGA